GCCUCAAGCGCAUCCUUAGAUUCUUAUUCUCGCACACAGCCCGCGAGGUUUCUGGUAAGUCACUAUAACGAUGGUCCCCGUGAGUUUUAACGCAUAUGUUAGAAGAUAACUAGUACUGGGACCAUGCCUAUAUACCGCGAGCACUGCGUUCGAUGCCAUAAAGACUUCGCAGUCAACUACCCCUCGGCUUGCGUCGUGCCCCAUGUAUUCGACUCCCGCUGUCACCCACUUCGUCUUUACAGUGGAGAAUUCCAAUGGAUGUCGGAGUGUUGUGGUGGUUACGGUACUGUGACAGAGGAAGAACCUGGAAGUGGCACCUUCCGCAUGAUGGAACUUACCGCCUGUUAUCGUGGUCCGCACACGACGUCCAAGGAUGUUGUUCGACUCCAACACAACGGUGUGAGCAUCCUCAGGUGCAGUUACAACGGGUCAGGGAAAUGUAUCCGGAACCACUUGGUGCAGAGAAGCAGACCUGUUUUUGAUAAGGAGGUGGUGUAUUGCGAUGGCGACGAACAAGACCAUCACAAUGAUGGAUAGAGGCAGAAUGUAUCGAACAUUUUGACAGCUGAACGGACUAGAGGAUAAUUAGGAAUCUUGAGAUCGAACUUUUCACCUCUGUACACAUAAACCCUCGGAACUUCGCAGCUGCUCAUACAACGGUCCGUAUGUCAUCAAGUUUUUCGUCCACUGGCACAGUCAACUCAACCAAGACACUGGUGCGGUUUAGUCUGCCAAGAACAGAUCCCAGUUGCUCGAAUAUUAAUCAGGUCCUAACAAAAGUCGCGAAAAUGUGGAGUCGCGCGAGUGAACCAACUUCCUCGACCAUACCUCCAUCGGGCACAAAAACAAGGGCAUUCAGCAGCGCAUUGUCACUACUGUACCAGCCCCUCUUCUCGUCGAAAGCAAACCACCGAAAUCUAG